GCUUAUUUAUGUUUUUACAAUGAUUUACGAUUAUUUUCAUAAUUUUCCUGGUGUGAACUUGGCUGUAGAAAACGAGAUAUCAAUUUAUUUAUUAUAAAUUAUCAUACAAUAAAGGACAAAACAGUAUAGAUUCUUUCGUAUUGGUAUCACAACAAUUUAAUUUAAGUAAAAGAACAUGUAUUUUUUCUCGAAUGAUUUGUUUGGGUGAGUAGUCCACUGGUCCACUGCAAAAUUCCGUCGCGUGGCGUUGCCAACAUUUUUUUGGUGCGUUUCUAUUUUUAGUAACUUUUCAUCUGUCAAACCAUCCCAAAACAUUCUUUGUGUAUAUUUACACAAAUCGGCGUUAUUUCCAGUGCAAUUUAUUUGUUUAUCAACCGUGCAUCGACCCUUUGCCCCCUUGACCCAGACCCGGUGCCAAACAAUGUCGCUGACCUAAUCAUGAACAAACACCUCUGUGUCUUCCUGCUCGCAACAUCGACGAUUCUUGUUUUUGGCAACGACAAUGACUACGACGACUAUGAAGAGGACCUAACCCCCCACAACGCCUCCUCAAACUCCACCCUUGUCUUCAUCCGCCCCCUUGCCAACCUAUCAAUCGACACCGCCACCAAAACCAUUCGUCUAACAUGCGAAGUACAAAACCUGGACCUAAACAACACAAACCGUGUCACCAUCACAUGGCGCAAAAACUACGUCCCGAUCGAACGUAGCGAUCGCAUAAUUAUUCGAAAAUCAAGCAAAGACAACAAACAUCGUUCCACACUACGUAUCAACGAAAUUGAGUUCUUCGAUCGUGGUUUCUACGAUUGUACGGCGUCGAAUGGCGUCGAUAAAAUCCGAUCGCAGGCGCUUGUGGACGUCGCGACGGACUCGGGACGCGUCGACAGCACCGUGGCGCUGAAAUUCGACGGCGAAAUCACCACAAUACCGGCAGGGACUGUUUUUGACGCCAAGUUGCCGGAACUGCCACACGAAAAAAUCACCAACACUUUUCAAAUGCAAUCGCAACGGCCUUACAAUCUCAGUGAGCCGUUCUGUCAAGUGUAUCUAGGGGAGACGUGCAAAGACUACUUGGAUAAUCAGUAUGUUUUUGUGCAGCCCCCGUAUAGUCAAAAGGACAUCGAACAAAUGCUAAGUGAUGCUUUUUUGGUCAUUUCGCAGUCAAACGAUAUUUCAUCGAGUUGUAAUAAAUUCGCACGUCCAAGUUUGUGUUAUUCGGCGUUUCCUUUGUGUACCGAUCCGAAACAAAUAAAUAUGUAUCAGACGACGAAAAUGGAUCGGUUUAAGUUAGAUAAUGUCGGUUUUAAGAAUUUGAGGAAUAAAUUGGGGAGUUCGUUGAGGAGGAUUUGUAAAGAGGAUUGUCUUUUGUUAGAGACUGAGUUGUGUAGUAAGGAAUAUGCGAUUGCGAAACGACAUCCAGUUAUUGGAAAGACUUUGGAAUUGGAAGAGUGUCAGUUUUUGCCGAAUGAGACCGAAGUCAGUUCGAGAAAUUGUCUCGAGUUGGGUGUCGAUCAUGAAAGUGUUAAUAAAGAGGAUACGUGUUAUUGGGACAACGGCGAACUAUACAGGGGUGUUCAAAAUAUGAGCGAACUUGGUAACAAAUGUUUAAGGUGGGCCCACCAAUUCCACAUCCAUUUAUCCGAACACCCGGAACUGACAGGUCAUAAUUAUUGUCGUAAUCCAGGUGGCGUUGAAUCGCAGCCAUUUUGUUACGUCGAUGGUGACCCGAUUCGGCGUGAAACUUGUGACGUCACUAAGUGCACCUACGUUGUUUGGAUGUAUGUCAUUGGUAUUUUCAUAGCCAUCUCUGUUUUUAGUGUGGUUUUAUUUGGGGUUUUUUGUUGCCGACGAAGAAACAAACUUGCGCGCAACUUACAAAAUAUGAAUGUUCCUGUCGCUGAUAAGAAUAUUUACGGUAGUGGGAGUCCCACAGCCCCGCCCAUGGAACUAAACAGUCUCCUCCCACCAAAUAUUCCUCCACAACGCAACUCCCAUUCGACCAAAAACGGUUAUCAGAACGUCCCCCAAUAUACUUACAAAGAAGUUGCUUUUGUGGAGGAGUUGGGCGAGGGUGCGUUCGGUAAAGUGUACAAAGGCGAAUUGAAAACAAAAAAUGGGAAAAUUUUUGUUGCUGUCAAGUCGUUGAAAGAAAAUGCGAGUGCCAAAACUCAGGCUGAUUUUCAGCGCGAGAUUGAACUGAUUUCGGAGUUGAAACAUCCGAAUAUUAUUUGUUUGUUGGGAGUUGUGGUAAAACAGGAACCUAUGUGUAUGUUGUUUGAAUUCAUGUCAGAAGGUGAUUUGCAUGAAUUUUUGAUCUCAAAUUCGCCAAGUGAAGGCAAAAGUUUGACACAGAACCAAUUUUUACAUAUCGCCAUACAGAUCGCACAAGGAAUGGAAUAUCUGUCCGAUAAUCAUUAUGUUCAUAGGGAUUUGGCGGCGAGGAAUUGUUUAGUUUCCAAAGAUUUGGUUGUUAAAAUUAGCGAUUUUGGACUCAGUAGAGAUAUGUACAGUUGUGACUACUACCGGGUCCAGUCAAAAUCCCUGUUGCCCGUCCGCUGGAUGCCCCCCGAAUCCAUCCUCUACGGCAAAUUCACGACCGAAAGCGACGUCUGGUCGUACGGCGUCGUCCUCUGGGAGAUCUACAGCUACGGCCUCCAGCCCUACUACGGCUACAACAACCAGGAGGUGAUCAACAUGAUCCGCUCCCGCAAACUCCUUCCAUGCCCCGACGCUUGCCCCAGCUACUGUUACGCGCUGAUGGUCGAAUGCUGGGCCGAACUUGCCGUCCGACGGCCCAGCUUCGGCGAAAUCAGCCACAGAUUACGCGUUUGGAAGCAAAACGGCAACUUGAACGGUGCCUAUUUCAAAACGACGGACAGCCAUAAAGGCGGCCACAGCUCCAAGUCGGAGGAGGACAGCGCCACCUGGGAGCGCAAACGGCUCCACGAGAGUCAGAGCAGUCUCACGAGUCGCUCCUCGAGUCUUGGCAACAAAACGCAAAGCACGAGCUUGAGCAACGAGCAGUCGAGGAAUCGGCGGAGCCACAGGAGGAAGGAGGAUUCGCUGGACCGGGCGAUGAGCCCCAAAAACACGAUUGUUAAUUCAAACGGGGAUAAUUUCGAGAUAAGGAUUACACAUUGAUUGAUUGAUUUUUUUGUUCCUGGUCAAUUUAUACCAAAUUUUUACGUUGAGUAUUUAUCCGUUUUUUAUGUCUUUUUCUAUGGUGUGUCGUGUACGUCAGUGUGUGUUUAUAAAAUAUAUCCAAGUUUUUUUAAUUAAAUCUUUAUUAACAA